AUUUCAGCCUCUUCAAACUUCUACCAUCUUUAACUAUCCUAUCACGUAGUAGUCGUUCUAUCUUCCUAGUACCCGCGCAUUUACUAGGAUCGAUAAUCCGAUACUGUGGCUUUCACUUGGUGGUGUUUUAACUCAUUGACGACGCCAAAGGGGACACAUUCGUGAAGAAAAGAUACUUUAAACGUGUGGCGCCUUACUUCUUUCUCAUUCAUUGCCGUCUUGCCGCAACUUAAUCCGAAUCCGAUCUUGCCCAACAAACUCGGCUGGUUAGAAGUUCUACGCCUCAAAUCGUCAUUUAUUGGCUCCAUGAGAACUUCGCAGGCUGAAUAUCAAUAGGCGGGCCUAUCUUGCCCUCCGUGACCGUUAUGGCUUCCCGCUAUAGUGGGUCGCGAUAUGAUGGCGAGUCGCGUCGCUCUAGGUCGAGGGAUCGCUCGCCGGAUCGGAGAUCGCUAUAUAGUGAUGGCGGACCACGGCGUGCUUCUGCAGAGUCUCGAUCGAAUAGCUCGGCAUUCCAAACCAACCGGGACUCCUUUCGCGACAACUUAUCAAGGGAACCCCCAAGGGGUCCCAAAGCUCUGCUCGAUGCCCCUAGUGGACCUCGCGGGGGUGGUUACUCGGGCGACUUUCGUGGUAGAGGUCGUGGACGAGGAAGAGGCUGGCGAGACGAUAGCCGAGACCGCGGAAGAGAUCGAGACAGUGACUUCCGAGAUCGACGAGAUAAUUCUUACAGAGAUGAACGUAGUCGAGAACGCGACCGUGGAGAUUGGCGAGACCGCGAUCGAGACAGCUUCAGAGGACGGCGGCCGUCUCCUCGCGGACGAUCGCCUCCUCAAAGGGAUUUUCGCGAUCUGAGGGAUAUGCGAGAUGCUCCGUUAGGCGUUGACGCAGAGCGAGCCCGGCGCGGAUCGAGAGACGGGCCCUUGUCCGCUGGUUCGUCUUCCUCCGACCCUCCCUUCGCUCCUUCGUACCGGGGUGGUUAUAGUGGACGAGGUCGUGGAAGAGGUCGCGGCGGAGAUUGGGGGGAUAGAGGCCGCGGACGAGGAUUCUAUGAUGAUCGCGACAGAUAUGCCUACAGGUCCCGUUCCCAGGAAGGACGGUACCGGGAUCGUGAGGAUCGUGAUCGUGAUAUUAGAUACCCUGAUCCAGACUUGCGCCCACGCGAUCAUCGAGACGAUCGCGACGUGCGAGACCGCGAGGUACGGCCAAAACUCGAGCGAGCAUCACAUGAACCACCCCCAAUACCUGCUAAGGACGUCUCACCCCCUCCCGUGGCCCCGGCCGCGCCAUCUUUUGGAUCCGUGCCCAACAGAACAACAGCAACCGAUGUUGGCUUAGCUACAGGCAAGGCGCCGCCAACGGGACCUAGGGCACUCAAGGAGGACCGCCCGGCGCCUUCUGGCUCUGCACUUAAUGCGGAUGCAAGACUGCCGCCUAUAGGACCGUCAAGGUCCUACAUGGACAUAGGACAAUCUACAAUCCCUUCCGGUCCCCGCUCUUCUACUAUAAACCGCCCGGGACCUUCAAGCAAGCAAUGGAUUAACCCCAAUAUAAAGCGCGUACCUGAAUCGCCGAAAUUAAAUAGAUCACAGAGUCUUGCUCAACCCCGGCCUACUGGACCCCGUCCGGAUGGUGCGCAUAUUGAUCAAUCGGUAGAUGGUGAUCAAAGACAGUUUAGUAAUGAUACUAAAGCCGACCCGCAGGUAGAGAAACAGCCUAAGGAUACACAAGCUGUCGACUUGGACGAAGAACCUGCGAAAGUAGAUCAGCGCCCGCAAUCUGCUAGGUCGUCCGUAGAUCAGGAACAUAAACCCCAGGAUGCCGUAUCCGGAACAACAGUCAAAGAGGAGGAUGGCGAGGUGAGGCGCGUUGAUGAUACCACCCAAGAGAGUCCCAUUGUCGAACCCGAGAUCUUACCGGUAGUCAACGAACCGAAAACAAAAGAACACCGACGCCCUACGCUGAAAGUAUUGCCGAAGCAUGUUUCCCUGCCCCAGAAAGAAACAAGACUGCCUAUCUUAGACCAGUCAUCGGAAUCAGAUGACGAGGAAAUUGGCGAUGUCAUUGAAUCGCAGAUGAAGGACGUUGAAUCAAAAUUGAAGCAGCUUGAGGGCAUUGAUGACGUGCCAAUGGAUGCUAUAGUACGGCAUGCAAUAGUAUCACUAGAGGCUGUUGGUAAGAUUAUGAGCGAACCAGAGGGUUUGGACGAUAUGGUCGGCCCUGUGCCUGAAAAUGUGUCUCUACCUGGGAAAACUCCCCCGGCAACCGAAGCUGAGCCCAUGAGGGCACCAAGUGUUGAAGCAGCUAAAAGUCUUGACGAUGUCAAGGAAGCUAAUGAUACCCAAGAAGUCAUUAAAAACAAAACCCCCUCGCCAUCCUUAGAAAAACAAACUUCACCUUUGAACACAACAAGUUCAAGCGCAGAGCACCCGCAACCAUCCAUCGAACAAGACAUGGAUAUACCUGCACCUCCCGAGGCACCGCUUGGUGAAAACAAGCUGAAGGAUGAUGAUAGAGAUGUGACAAUGGAAGACGCACAAGACAUUAGCCAGCCUGACUCCGAGGCACAAGGACCGCAGCAUGCCCAGCUAUCGACCUCUCACAGACAGUCAGUCGAUGGUCCGUUUGAAACCACUCACACACAGUCACGGGAAAUUAGUAAACGAGGCUCAAGCACACCAUCUCCCGCAGAAGAUGAAGAUGAAACAGAUAUCGAGGACGUUGACAUUCACACCAUCGAGAUUGUCCGCGAGCAUAUGGCCACUCCUCCGAUUGAUAGCCUACCUCACUUUGAUGGAAAGCCGUGGUUUAAGGACCAGGAUUUUCUUAAGUCGAUGGACGCUCCGAACCCGGGCCUCGAUGCCUUUAUUUUACAGAGACUGGAUGAGGAAGCAUUAGUCCGGAAGGCCGAGGAGAGAAGGGGACAAGAGCUUUACGAUAAGAAUUACGAUCGUUACCUACGCUUUACCAUGUCGAAUGAUCCCGUUGCUGUCAAAAGUCGAGAGAAAUUUAUGCAUGUUCCUGGAGCGGAAACCAACGGCCAUAGGCCUGGCUUCCACGAAUCCAGACCCGAGGGUACAAGGCGUAGUAGGUACGCAUCAGAACGUGACCUAGAGAGGAUUCUGGAGGAGUCGCGCCGUGUCGAGGAUGAAAAGAGAGAGCGUCAAAUGCAGGCAGAAAGAGAACGGUAUAGGACCGAGAAAGAAGCUGUGUUGCCCCGUCAAUAUCAACUACCAGAAGAGCGAGAGAAGGAAUUCUAUCGGGAUGUGACUGGAUUCAUCGAGCCUGAGAAAAUCGUGGCGGCUUGGCAACUCUUACCUCCGGUGGACAAUUUUACGCCAGAAGAAACGGCGACAUUUGAAAAGGCGUAUCUCGAAUUCCCUAAGCAAUGGGGUCGUGUUUCUGAACCGUUGGCGGAGAGAGACUUCGGAACCAGCAUCCAGUUCUAUUACCUCAAGAAAGAGAAGGAAGAACUUAACUUGAAGGAGAAGCUUAAGAAGCGACCGAGACAACGUAAGAAGGGCGGUCGCGGCAAGCAACGAUCUAGUGCAUUGGUCUCCGAACUUGGAAACGGCGAAAAUGAGAAUGAGGAAAACCAGGAGACGGGUGAAAACGGCGAGAGGCGUCGACCUAGACGUGCGGCCGCUCCUACUUUCAACUCGGAAGCUACUCCAGCGACAGAUGGCGAAAGUGGAACGCCAUCCGGUACACCCGGACGAAGAGGUGCGAAAGGAGACGGGAGUGCCGAAAAGCCGGAACGCAAGCCUAGAGGGCGCCGAGCUGCUAAGGAUAAGGAACCGAAACAGCCUCGUGUCAACCAGACUCUGGCUGCGGCACCGCCUACGGGGACUAAAGGUAACCGUUCGCGAUCUAGUUCUCGUGUUCAUGCACCGGAGUGGGCACCACCGCAAACACCGAAUGAAGCCACUAGAGCUCCGACUCAGUACGAACUGACCCCAACCACGACGGCCGUCCCGCCUGUUGCCAUUUCUGCACCAUUCCCACCGGCGCAGCCGAUUCUGAGUCCCGAGAGGGGAGUUCCUCCCCCUCCGCCUCCUCCGCCCCCUGUUUCGAUGUCUGUCGAUACGAUGGGCCCUCCACCGUUGCGCCCAGAGCCUCCGCAACAGCCCACUGUUGCUAUGCUCGAUAUGGGCCAACCGGCAGUGUCGGACCGCAGAUCCGGCACGCAGGCCUCCAGCUACUGGAGCGUACCUGAGGCGAACGAUUUUCCUCAGUUGCUUCGUUCCUUCGGAAGCGAUUGGGCAGCGAUUGCGACACAUAUGCGAACUAAGACUCCGAUUAUGAUCAAAAACUACUAUACGCGCAAGAAGGACGCCAAUGACUGGCAGGGAAUCGUCGAGGAAGCAGAUGCGAGGAAAGCCAGAGGCGAGAAGAGGCCCGCACCGCCGGCACCCAGUUCCGGCGUCAAAAAGCGGUAUGAAACAUCGGGCAACCGACCACUCGCGGCUGCAGACGCAGUUAUGGAAGAUAGCCCUGCACCUAAGCUUGAGCAUCCCCAGACAUCGCAGCCGACGUCGGGUCGGUUCAAUGUCCCAAUAGCAGCUCAACCGCAACCUACGCUUAUUCAGUCCUCAUUCGUGCCAGCGACUCAGUCUCCGCUGAUCCAAAGCCACGGAGCUACCCCGCCUGGAUCGCAACCUCUUGCCCAACCAGUCACCCAGACUAUGUCUCCUCGGCCUAUGAGAGCUCCGUUCUCCCUCACCGAUAGAGAACGUGAACUACCUGCCCAGCAGCCCGCCCGCGUUCCGUUAGGGCAGAAGCCUGCUCCGGCUGGACAGCCACCAGUAUCCGAAGCUCCCAUGGGGAGACAUCCUUUGCCUGGAUCCUUGAUCGAGCCUCACUCGGAACGACCUAGAGUUGAGCCUAAAGCUCCCAAGGAACAACCUCGCCAGCAGCUGCGCGUCAAACAGGAACCAGAUCUUAUCCAUCAAUACGAUCACUUUGUUCCUCAAGCCCAGACUGCCCGCAUGACGUUGUCUCGCCCAGAAAGUGUGCCGCUAUCACGUCCACCCGACCCCCCGCGAGCAGUGGCGCCAGCUCCGCAAGGGCCUCAACCGGGUUCAUUCGCAACCAUUCUCCAACAGCACGGUAAGAACAUUUUGCAGGAGGGGAAUCCAUCUCCACCGGCUCGACCUCGUCCGAUCUCCACACUAUCCCGGCCAGCAUCUGGUGCUAGUAGCGGAACUGAGCCAUUCAGCGCUCCACCGGCGCAGCCUACGCCGCCUAUCGUCGCCUCUGCGCCAACUCGUCCUCCUGAACGUAAGACGUCCAACCUAAUGGCGCUAUUGAAUGACGACACGCCCACGCCCCCUCCACCUCCCCCUAAGAGGGUUACCGAGAUACCUGCGGUUGCGAAGCCGUCUUCGACACCACCACCUCAAUCCAAUCUCUCCCGUCCUCCACCCCCUCCGCCGCCGCCAUCUCACAUUCGAAGAGAGUCGGGUAUGCAAGAGGCUCAAGCCUAUGGAUACGGCCGAAACCCACCUCAAGCGCCAUCCGCAAUGCCACCACUUAAACCGUAUGCGGCUGCAUCGCCUCAAGCGCAACAUCUGAAUGCUCCCCGUCACAUGCAAUUGGACGCAGCAGCAGCAGAACGAGAGUAUUACAGUGGUCGACCACGCUCCUAUCCUUCUGCGCAUCAAUCUCCGGCGGCAGGUUCACCCCAGAGCGCGCAUCACUACCUACCCCCCAAUCAGCCGUCUCAGGUGGCUUACCAAUCUCAACCCUCAUAUCCUUAUGGGGCACAGGUUCAACCACCUAACAUAGCCUCGCCUCCACCCCAGUACGGGGGCCAUUCCGCUCCCAGAGGCCACGAGCCUCAGUCCAGCCGAGAUUUAGGUUGGCCUGGUCCACAUCAGGGCCACCCGUUACAACAGCAGCACCAGCCGCACCAGCAGCCACAACAACCGCCCCCACAACACCAGUCGGCCUGGUCAUCGCAUCCUCCGCAGCCCCCCAAGUCUACGCAACCCCCGCCAACGCAAUCAGCAUGGGCUGCACAGCAACCUGCUCCGAAACCUCCAUCAGCUAGUACCUCAGUUCCACCACAGCCUUCUUGGGCCUCAGUUCCGCCGCCUAGAGGUCAUGAUCCCAUGGCUCUCCGCGACGUCCGAGAUGUCUAUCCGCCGCACGGCAUGCGAGCUCCUUUACAACAGUACGCACCUGCCUCGCGAGCUCCUGAGCCGCCGCCUCCGCAGGCACCGGCUGCAUACCCUCGGUACGCUAGCACGCCAGUUCCCGGACGGGAUCCUCGCGAUCCUGGUCCGCCAAGGAGCUAUACUCCUAGCCCUUACGACAGCAGAGGCUACCCGUCUUCUAACCCAGAGAUCCGCGAGGCCCAGAUGCGUGAACAGCAACAACAAUCAAUCUUGCAGCAGCAACUGCGACCCCAGGAUAGACAUGGUUUAUAUGAUCGGCCGCCGCCCGAUAGAUAUGGAAGAUAGGAGAGUCCGUAUUCAUUCCCAGGUGCGUCGUUGCCUAGUAAUGGUGGUAAUAGUGAAGAGGGAGAGGAUGGAUCACCCUAAAUAGGGUGUCUUGUCUAGUACAGGUGGCCAUGAUCCUGGAGGUGGCCUUCAGACCUGAUAAUACUUGAUGGAUUAAGCAUUUAUGUCAAGGGGAGGUCCAAUGGUAGGAACCUAAAUCGCUCAUCAUUGUGGUACGGCUCUUGGGUCGGCUUACAACUCUAGCCCUCGAGUUUGCCUAUUUUUGACAACUACUUGUACGAAUGUUAUCUCACGACCCUAUACACCGCAUUCAUCCGAUGACAUACGCUGCCUUGGAGCUUACCGUACCACCGCAGCAGCUCGAUACUACUUAGGUAGAUCAGAUUACACCAUACAUUUCACACUGUUUCCUCUUCUUCCCGUCGAUUCUUCGACCUGUCAUCUGCAUCUUGCAAUAUUGGACGCAGGUCGGACUCAUCAUCAAUCAUCUCACGGCAUCCUGACGAUCUCACGUUCUCAGGGGAGGAGGAAAAAAAAGGGGGGAGGCUUUCAUAAUCGACAGUCGGCAGCUUAGCAGAGAGAGGGGGGAGAACAGAGACCCGGGUUCCGGACCGGAUUGGGGGACUCGGUGGGCACUGUGCUAGGGGGGAAAAAUGCCAUGCUGACGUGUCGAGUGUGUUGUUAGUUUAUUGUAUGAGAAAGACAGACCUUUUUAUUCCUUCUA